AAAGUCUCUAUUUUUUUCUAUUAAAUUCAUAAUAAAUUUUUUCUAUUAAAUUCAUAAUAUUAAUAUUAUUAAAGUAUAUCGAAUUAAAAACGAAAGAAUGACAACCAUUCGAUCUCAACCUCAUCUUUUAGAUCAGCUUUUGUAAUGAAAAUUAAUUUUUGUGAAAAAUGUGAUACAUACAUCUUAAAGAAGCAACUUUUAGAUUUUUAUUCACACAUUACUCAGCGAAUAUCGUACACCGAUUCGUUAGCUUACUGUAAGCGAUCAAAUUCAUAACAUCCAUUAAAUAUUACUCAAUUAUUUCUUAUACUAAAAAUAGUUAGGGCGUAAUUAAAUAUUAAUGGAUUGUUUAUCGUCGAUUCUGUUUUUCGAUAUCGCCUCUAGCUUGGAAGCUAGAGGAAGAGAGAAAGAGAGAGAGAGAGAGAGAGAGAGAGAGAGAGAAAGAAAGAGAGAGAGAGACUACUAAAUCUAUAUUUACCAGAGCUUAAUAAAAGCAAGAUGUACUUAGCGAUACGCCCGUUUAUUGGAUUUUGGAGACGAGAGAUAAUCAAAAGUUUAAGUGACGAAGCAGGGAUCAUCAACCGUUCUCAAAAUUUACAACCGGCACGCUCUGUUGCGUUUACAUCUGUUUAUGCUGCGAAUUAUCGUCAGAAAGACAAGGAUCAGUUGGAAAAUAUGACAAGGAUACAGUACCCUGUGGCGCGCAGGGAUGAAAGUGUCGUCGAUGAUUAUCAUGGCACUGAGAUAAUAGAUUCUUACAGAUGGCUAGAGGAUCCAGAUUCAGAAGAAACGAAAGCUUUUGUCGAAGCUCAGAAUGCUAUUACAAAGCCAUACUUAGCUUCAUGUAGUGUACGUAAUAAUAUUCAUAAGAGAUUGAAACAAUUGUGGGAUUUCCCAAAAUAUUCAUGUCCUGCCAAGUAUGGUGAAAAAUAUUAUUUUUAUAAAAAUACUGGCUUACAAAACCAGAGUGUUUUAUAUGUACAAGAUACUCUUGAAAGUGAACCAAGGGUGUUCCUUGACCCUAAUACCUUCUCUGAAGAUGGGACUGUUGCGAUUACCAGUAGUAGUUUUAGUGAGGACGGUAGCAUAUUUGCAUAUGGUUUAUCUAAAAGUGGUUCUGAUUGGAGCACAAUUCAUUUUCUGAAUGCAGAAACUGGUGAGAAAUACCCAGAGAUUUUGGAAAAAGUAAAGUUUUCACCGAUUACAUGGACUCAUGACAAUCGCGGCAUUUUUUAUGGGCAAUAUCGAGAUCAGCAAGGAAAAACUGAUGGUUCUGAAACGUUAGGUAAUCAAAAUCAAAAGUUGUGCUAUCACAUUGUUGGUACAUCGCAAUCGGAUGACGUCGUCGCGGUUGAAUUUCCUGAGGAACCAUUAUGGAGGAUAGGUGCACAAGUAUCUGAUUGUGGUAACUGGCUCAUUGUUACCCCUCUCAAGGACUGCAGAGAUAAUUUAGUAUUUUUCACGCCAUUAAAAGCUGGUAUGGAAAUAACCACGAAUUUACCAUUAACACAAGUUGUUGAUAUACUCGAAGCUGACUAUGAAUACGUGACUAACGUUGGUACCAAAGCUGUGUUCCGCACAAAUAAAAACGCCCCUAACUACAAGUUAAUAGCUAUAGAUUUGUUAGAUUAUGGUCAAGAUAAAUGGGUCGAUCUCUUGCCGGAACAUCCUGAGAAUGUACUGGAUUGGGCUACUGCUGUGGAUGGAGAUAAAUUUGUUGCUUGUUACAUACAAGAUGUUAAGAAUAUUUUGCAACUGCACUGUUUGGAUACUGGUAACGUACUUAGAAAAUUCCCUCUUGAUCUUGGCACUGUUGUCGGAUUCUCAGGAGAGAAGAAGUAUUCCGAAAUAUUUUACCAAUUUACAUCGUUCUUAACACCCGGUAUCAUAUAUACGAUUGAUUUAAAAAAAGAGGAAGAACCACGAGUAUUGCGUGAAAUUAAGGUGGAACACUUUGAUGCGAGUUUGUAUAAGACUAGUCAAAUAUUUUAUCCAAGCAAGGAUGGUACAAAAAUUCCGAUGUUCAUAGUAACAAAGAGCGAUGCUGUAUUGGAUGGAACCAUGCCAGCCUUACUCUAUGGAUACGGUGGCUUCAAUGCAAGCAUUCAGCCUACAUUUAGCGUUACGAGACUUGUUUUUAUACAACAUUUAGACGGAGUACUUGCUGUCGCUAAUGUUCGUGGAGGAGGGGAAUAUGGAGAAAAGUGGCACAACGCGGGUCGUUUCUUCAAUAGGCAAAAUGUAUUCGACGAUUUUCAAUAUGCAGCCAAGUAUCUUGUAGAGAACGGAUACACUACUUCGGCAAAACUAACGAUUCAAGGUGGUAGUAAUGGUGGUUUGGCAGUCGCCACUUGUAUAAAUCAACGACCUGAUCUGUUUGGCGCGGCUAUAGCUCAAGUGGGAGUCAUGGAUAUGCUACGUUUCCACAAGUUUACCAUCGGUUCCGCUUGGGUCUCCGAUUACGGAAGCUCGGAUGAUCCCAAGCAUUUCCAGAACUUAUUGAAAUACUCACCGUUACAUAAUGUGAAAGUGCCACAAGACGAUAUACAGUAUCCGGCAACAUUGCUUUUAACAGCUGAUCACGAUGAUCGUGUUGUGCCCUUACAUACUCUUAAAUUGAUAGCAACUCUUCAAUAUACUGUUGGAAACGUACCAAAACAAACUAAUCCUUUACUCGCAAGAAUAGAUACAAAGGCAGGUCAUGGGAGUGGAAAGCCAACCAUGAAAGUAAUCGAAGAGAGUACCGACAUCUUAUCAUUUAUCGUGCAAUCUUUGGGCUUGGUAUUUAAAUUGUAAUUAAUAUUUAAGAGAGCACAUAUAAAUCCGAUAUGCUGCAUAAAUAUUGCAAAAAUCAAAGAACUGUAAUGUGGUACACGUCACUAUGUUCUAUUGUGGUAUCGUGUGUAACGCAAUUGUUGCGAAUUCAUCACCAUGCUUCGAUUACAAAUUUUUUUAUAAUAAUAUGUUUCUAUUGCCAAAUAAAGAUUAUGAAACUUA